AUGAGCGACAACAACAACAACAAUAACAACAACGACGACGACGACGAUCGACCCCCCCCUUUCCCGUACCCAGCUUAUACCUCAUCCUCCUCCAACGUCCAGGACCGCCAGGCCAAGUCCGGUGGCUGGCCCCUGCCCCCGUUUGCCCACUCAUCCUCCUCCUAUGGCCCUCCCGUCUCUCACGAGUCGCUCCCGCCCAGCACGGCGGCGGACCCCCCCGCCGCUGGCAACUCCAAAGUCUCUGUCUCGGAGGAUCGCAGCCUGAACUCCAAAGUAGCCAUCCCCAGGUCGGUGAAAUCGGGCAACUGGAGCACCAGCGGGCGGGUCAGCCGGGCCUGCGAGAACUGUCGCGACCAGAAAGCCAAGUGUACUGGUCACCGCCCAUCCUGCCAGCGAUGCCAGGAGGCGGGUAUCCGCUGCUCGUAUGGCGACCGCAAACGAGAAAAGAUGGCCAAGCAGCUCAGUGAUCUAACAAGCCAGGUCCAGGCGUACGAAGCCCUCUUCCGAGAACUGGCCCCCAAGCUGGACUUGGACACGGCCCAUCAUGUCGAGCAGAUUUUGACCGAUCAAAGGGACGACCUUGAUCAGUUCGCCAGCCUGCAGACCACAGCGGCCUCGUCCGCCUCGAUCGUGGCCGAUGCUACCCUUGUCUCUAUCCCAUCCCCUGGUUCGUCCAUGGCAGCACUGGACUACACGGACGAGGACUUUAACCGUGAUGAGAGGAUCCAAGCCAUGGGCUUCGUGGGUGAGCACUCCGAGAUUGCGUGGCUGUACAGAUUGAAGCGUCUUCUCGAGCGGUCGAAUCCCGUGCCCCCUCGAGACUCCCGGGACCAUCAUUCGGUUGCUUCUGUGAACUUCUUCCUGGACGACUCGGACCUCCCUGUCAUCAAUGAUGUGGACUCAACCCAGCGCCCACCUCCCUCGGUGGCUGACUUGCUUGUGGAUAGCUAUUUCCAGGCCGUGCACCCGUCGCUUCCUAUCAUUGGCAAGAUGAUCUUUCUGGGGCAAUACAAAUCGUUCUACUCCUCCCCUUUGGUGCGGCCGGGCAAGAAAUGGCUUGCAAUACUCAACUUAAUCUUCGCGAUCGCCGCAAAGCUCGCGCGCGACUUGCAUCACAAUACCGAUCCUGGGUCUGAUGACAGUCUCGUUUACUUCUCGCGGGCGUGGAAGCUUAGCAUGAAUGAGACUGCUUUGUUGGACCAUCCGAAUCUGCAGCAGGUGCAGGUGGAGGGGCUGACUUCUUUCUAUCUGAUGUCUAUCGGACACGUCAACAGGGCGUGGAGAAUCUGCGGUAUCUCCAUUCGUUCGGCUGUUACCAUGGGAUUGAAUCUACGGAAUGAAAGCAACUCGAUUGUCCACGUCUCCAAGGAGACUCGUUAUCGGGUUUGGUGGUCUCUUUACAUGCUCGAUAACUCGCUAUGCGUCAUGACCGGUCGGCCACCCAGCACGUGUGACGACUUCUGCACCACUCCACUCCCGGUACCUUUCAGGGAAGAAGACUUUAUGGAUAGCAAGCUGGUGCAACUGAUCGCUGAUCACGAAGCCCGGAUCAUCUUUAUGGAGUCGCUGUCUCUCAGAAGUCCUGGGAAGUGGAGCGAAAGCCCGUCCACGCCCGAGUCCUUUCGGUUACAGUCCGCUCUGAGCAGACAAAGUGAUCAGGUUGCGGCCGGUGCCUUGGAGGCUCUCACCCCAAACACCUCGCUGUACUUCCUUCACCACGUCGAACUGGCACUGAUCAUACGCCAGUCGGUGGACCUGCUAUAUGCUCCCGGGACUGCCCGGAAGUCAUGGCGUGAGAUUGAGAUGGCGAUCUCUAUGUUGAACGGCAGGGCGGACGCAUGGCUUGCCCGGCUUCCAGUAGCAUUUCACUUCGCACAGGGGUCGCCGAUGUUUAAGAGGCAGCGGGCGAGCCUGGGGUUCCGCUUUUUCAGCACCAAAACGCUUAUCGCGCAACCUUGUCUCAGCCGGCUGGCCCUGCAAAGCCCAGGCAGUGACCCACCGGGCAGCUUCUGCGAGACGAUGGCAGGCAUUUGCGUUGACGUUGCGGGCCAAAUGCUCGACCUUCUGCCGGACACUCCCGACCUUGCCUGGGUCUACCAUGUUUCGCCGUGGUGGUGUAUUUUACAUUAUAUCAUGCAGUCGACGACGGUGCUCAUCGCCCAGAUAUUGCUGAGGCCACAAUCAGGGACCUCUACUUACCAGCAAGCGCUAGCGCGGGUUUCGAAGGCCACCUCUUGGUUGGCUGAAAUGUCGUCCAAAGACCCGGCGUCGCAGCGAGCGUGGCUCGUGUGCAAGGAACUGAUUGGGGAGCACGCUCCCGAAUUUGGUGCCACAGGCCCCGCCGACCUUGGCAAGACGUGA